AACUAUAUUCGUCAUGGAAAAAUAGGCCUUUUCAAGUGUCUUCUUGCAGCUGAGCCAGGCUAUGACUUCGCCGGCAGUGAGCAGCUUUUGCGUGUACUUGCAUCCCAUAUCAAUUCGGAUGUGGCGCUAUCUUCCACAUAUCUUGAUUAUCUGGCAGAGCACAGGAUUGCGAUUUCGGAUACCAAUUUGCUUCAUUUCAAUUCCCUCAUUCGGAAAUCGAAAUUUUGGGAUGUUCAUAAAGCAGCUUUGGCGACUCAUGGACAUUGCAGCGUAUGUGGUGAAGUGUUCCGGAAAAAUGAGGAUUUGUCGGAAAAUGACUUUACCGUACUGCGAAAUGAAAUAAUGUAA